AAAGACAGAGACCCAGAGCAGAACUACAACUGCAUUCCCUGACCUGCUUCAGUUCGUCUCCUCUUUUGCCUCUGAUUUGUUGUUGACUGAAUAUUUUUGAGGGAACAAUGGCUUCUUCCUCGUCAUCAACAGCUUCAGAUUCAUCUGCUAUGGUGACGGAGCGACGAGGUAUACCUGGGGCUCAGUUCGUGGAGGAUGUUCAGACUUAUCUCACACAGUCAGGUCUCGAUGUCCACUCCGCCCUUGCCUUCCUUCAAGAAAGACUACAGCAAUAUAAAGUAGUUGAAAUGAAGCUUCUUGCUCAGCAAAGGGACCUUCAGGCAAAGAUACCAGAUAUUGAAAAGUGCUUAGAAGUUGUUGCUACAUUGAAAGCUAAGAAGGGUACUGGUGAGGAACUUAUUGCUGAUUUUGAAGUCUGUGAAGGCAUAUAUUCACGUGCUCGCAUUGAGGAAACUGACUCUGUGUGUUUAUGGCUUGGAGCAAAUGUGAUGUUGGAAUAUUCAUUAGACGAGUUUUUGGUGCAGGCUACUAGGCUUCUACAAAAGAACUUGGAAAAUGCUAAAGCCAGUUUAGAAGUUCUUAUUACCGAUCUGCAAUUCCUAAGGGAUCAGGUGACAGUGACUCAGGUAACAAUUGCUCGAGUGUAUAAUUGGGAUGUGCAUCAAAGGAGAAUUCGACAAGCCACUGCCACAACUGCUUAAGAUUCUUGAAAGAGAGAGUUUACUUGUGUAUGGAUCCAAUGCUUACCCUUUUGAGUUGAGUUAUCUUUCUAGCUGGUCAUCAUCUUCCAUAGGUGAUUGGGUCUUCCUGGCUUUUGUUCCUGAUUCUGGUUUCACUCUGGUUCAUUGUGCUGAAGUUAGGAACCAGUUUUGAAGUAUUUAGGUUUAAAUUAAGGGCUCUGUAACACUUGUGUAAUACCACAUUUAGGUAUAUGAACAUAUUUAUUGUUUGGUUUGAUCA